AUGACAGCCGCUCCUUUAGAAGAGGAGACUGGAUCAGGUGGGGAGAGCAGCGAUGGGGAGCACAGGCAGAAAGGGCAGAACGGAGUAGCAUCAGGGGAAGCCCCUGAAGUGGUGUGGAGGGGUAGAGGGGAGGAGGACAAGACGGCAUUGGAGGCGGCUCAGAAGGCUGGGGUGGUAGUGGGCGAAGGAGGCGAGAGAGAGAGGAGUUGGGUGAGAGGUGCGCAGGAAGGGGCUGAGACUGAGGCCGAUUUUGCUCAAAGAGCGGCGCAGGGCGGAGGAGCAGGAGGAGGAGCAGGAGGAGGAGGAGCAGGAGUGGCUGUGGAGCACAUAUGCAGUGACGAGGAGGUGAGGAGAGGGGUGGAGGAGCUGAUAGGAGACGUGGUAGGUUGGGUGUGGCGAGAGAGAGAGGCGGAAGAGGCGUGUAUGGGGAGGCAUGUGCAUGGGGAGGGGCUGGGGCACAAGGGAUGGGUUCAGCAAGGUGGGAGUGUGCAGCAAUUGAGAGACAAUGGAGGGGCGGAGUUGUUGACGGGAGGUGGAGAGGAAGGCGAGGAGAGGGAGGAGGUAGUGGUGGUGGCAGGUGUAGGAGAGAGGGAGUCAGUGCUCGGUUGGGGAUUGGAGGGAGGGGAUGGGGAGUGGGGAGGUGAAGAGCUAGUGGGGGUGGGUGAGGGGAGUAGCAGCAGUGGAGAGGAGUGGGAGACGGAUUGUAGUGAGGAGGAGGGAGGAGGGGGAGAGGAGUGGGAGGAAAGGGAGGAGUGGGAGGAAGGGGGGGAGUGGGAGGAGUGGAAGGAGGGAGAGGAAGAAGAGAGGGAUAAGGAUGAGGAGGAAAUGGAGCGGCAUGAGCGGAAGCAGCAGCGGGAGGAAGCUGGGAGUGUGCACGAGGGGGAGUGGGGGGAGGGGGGGGAUGAGGGGGAGGAGGUGGAGGAGGAGGCGAAAGGCAGAGCAGACGGGAAUCAGACUUAUGGAAGUGACACUAGCGGAUGUGCUUCAAGAGGAGGACAGAUUGGCUAG